AUGCAAAUUUUCGUCAAAACACUCACAGGAAAAACAAUUACACUCGAAGUCGAACCUUCGGAUACAAUUGAAAAUGUUAAAGCAAAAAUUCAAGACAAGGAAGGUAUUCCACCAGAUCAACAACGAUUGAUUUUUGCUGGUAAACAAUUAGAAGAUGGUCGUACAUUAUCCGACUACAAUAUUCAAAAAGAAUCAACACUUCAUUUGGUACUUCGUCUUCGUGGUGGUAUGCAAAUCUUUGUCAAAACUCUUACAGGAAAAACAAUCACACUCGAAGUUGAACCAAGUGACACAAUUGAAAAUGUCAAGGCCAAAAUUCAAGACAAGGAAGGUAUUCCACCAGAUCAACAACGUUUAAUUUUUGCUGGUAAACAAUUAGAAGAUGGUCGUACAUUAUCCGAUUACAACAUUCAAAAAGAAUCAACACUUCAUUUAGUACUUCGUCUUCGUGGUGGUAUGCAAAUCUUUGUUAAAACACUUACAGGCAAAACAAUUACACUUGAAGUUGAACCUUCGGAUACAAUCGAAAAUGUCAAGGCUAAAAUUCAAGACAAAGAAGGUAUUCCACCUGAUCAACAACGUUUAAUUUUUGCCGGUAAACAAUUAGAAGAUGGCCGAACAUUAUCUGAUUAUAACAUUCAAAAGGAAUCAACACUUCAUCUUGUCCUUCGUCUUCGUGGUGGUAUGCAAAUUUUUGUUAAAACUCUUACAGGAAAAACAAUUACACUCGAAGUUGAACCGUCGGAUACAAUUGAAAAUGUUAAAGCUAAAAUUCAAGAUAAAGAAGGUAUUCCACCAGAUCAACAACGUUUAAUCUUUGCUGGUAAACAACUCGAAGAUGGUCGUACAUUAUCCGAUUACAAUAUUCAAAAAGAAUCAACACUUCAUCUUGUCCUUCGUCUUCGUGGUGGUAUGCAAAUCUUCGUCAAGACUCUUACUGGCAAAACAAUUACUCUUGAAGUCGAACCAUCGGAUACAAUUGAAAACGUCAAGGCUAAAAUUCAAGACAAGGAAGGCAUUCCACCAGAUCAACAACGAUUGAUUUUUGCUGGUAAACAAUUAGAAGAUGGUCGUACAUUAUCUGACUACAAUAUUCAAAAAGAAUCAACACUUCAUUUGGUUCUUCGUCUUCGUGGUGGUAUGCAAAUCUUUGUCAAGACUCUUACAGGCAAAACAAUUACUCUUGAAGUUGAACCAUCGGAUACAAUUGAAAAUGUCAAGGCUAAAAUCCAAGACAAAGAAGGUAUUCCACCUGAUCAACAACGUUUAAUUUUUGCUGGUAAACAACUUGAAGAUGGUCGUACAUUAUCGGAUUAUAAUAUUCAAAAGGAAUCAACACUUCACUUAGUUCUUCGUCUUCGUGGUGGUCAAUAA